CAAGAAAGGAAACCCUGACUGAAACACAAAGCCACAGAACAAAUUAAUGUUAUUAUGUCUUAGGGCUGAACUUUCUAAAAAAAACAGAAAAGGAUUCAUUUUCCUUGGAUCUUAGCAGCAAAAUACUCCUGGACUCAGAAACUGAUGAGAGAAGGAGAGAGAGAGAGAGAGAGAAUGAAUUCGUCCCAACCAUCUACAACACAAGGCACAGAGAAAGGGUGCUUCUCUUCCCAAAGGCUCUUGUGGACAGUUGCUGGGGCCUCCAUUCUGCUGCUCAGUGUCUGUUUUAUCACCAGAUGCGUUGUAACGUAUCAUAGCUUUCAACUCUGUGAUGAGAAAAAGUUCCAGCCAUACGAGGAUUUAAUGGACUUCUCCUGCUACAAAGAUAGAUCAGGUUCAGUCAAGAAUUGCUGUCCAUCGAACUGGGUCCAUUUUCAAUCUAGCUGCUACUUAUUUUCUACUAACACCAUGACCUGGGCGUCAAGUGUAAAAAACUGCUCAAACAUGGGAGCGCAUCUGGUUGUUAUCAACACACAGGAGGAACAGGAAUUCCUUUUCUACGCAAAACCUAAAAGGAGAGAGUUUUAUAUUGGACUGACGGACCAGGUGACUGAGGGGCAGUGGCAAUGGGUAGAUGGCACACCUUUCACAGAAUCUCUGAGCUUCUGGGAUGAAGGGGAGCCCAAUAAUAUAGUAACAGUGGAGGAUUGUGCCACUAUCCGAGAUUCUUCAAAUCCGAGGAAAAAUUGGAAUGAUGUGCCCUGUUUCCUCAAUAUGUUUCGGAUUUGUGAAAUGCCUGAAAUAAGUGCUUUAAAUAACCAAAAAAUCCUUUAAGAACAGAAAGCACAACUGAAAUGCUUAAAUACAGAGGAACAAGAGCAUGAACACAACACCAACAUGAGAAAAGUGUGCACCGCACUUAUUAAGAACUACACAGGGACUUCAUCAGGACUUUGUUGCUCUUGAUAUAAACAAAUAAGUAGUUUGGGGGCACCUGGGUGGCUCAGUCGGUUAAGCC